AUGACAUACUCUACUACCACGAUCACCAGCGGCUCACAUACUACCACGGUGGCUUAUGGCUCGUUCACCAACAGUGCCGGAAGCGUGGAAAUGUACAAGGCAUACUCGUAUUACGCGUAUAUGCCGUCAUUAGGUGGAGCUGUAGCGUUUGCGAUACUGUUUGGCCUCACGUUCAUAGCCUUGGUUGUGCAAAUCGGAUGGUAUUGCAGAAAGAGGAAGGCGAUGGAAAGAGAAGCAGCUUUCAAACAGCCCUCAGACGUUAGAUCUCUCGUUCUAGACAAAGAAAAUGUAUUUGAAUCCGACGGCAAGGGCACAGCCACGACCAUCAAGCCCAUUGAGCCGUGCUCGAACUUGCGGCUGGUUACAAAAUUCAUACCACUACUGAUCGGAAUACUUGCCGAGUGUGGAGGAUACAUUGCACGAAUCGCAUCGAGGAGCGAUGUUUACUCGCUUGGCUCAUACGUGGCCCAGACCGUGAUGCUUCUGGUGGCGGCAGCUUUCAUGGCUGCUACAAUUUACAUGAAUUUCGGCCGGCUGAUGAUCCUGUUGAAUGCUACACAAGUCUCUUUCGUGCCUAUUAAAUUCAGCACCACCAUUUUUGUUGCAGGCGAUGUUUUGAGUAUCUUACUUCAAGGUGCAGGUGGUGGUAUCCUAGGCAGUAGCGACAAUCAUGAACUGGGGUCCAAUAUUAUUAUCGCGGGCCUUGUUGUUCAAGUUAUCAUAUUUGGGUUGUUUGUAAUCACGGAACUGAGGUUCUUGUUCCUCGCAGACAAAGUUUCUCGGAUCACCCCUUACAUCUCGAGGCACUGGAAAGUUUUGAACAUCAAUCUGUUCAUGUGCAGCAUACUCAUUCUCGUGAGGUCGAUCGUGAGAUUGGUGGAAUUUAUUCAAGGUUACAGUGGCUACAUUAUUGAACAUGAGUGGUUCAUCUUUGUAUUUGACGCGGUACCGAUGUUCCUGGUCACUCUUCUCUUUGUGGCCACCUUUGCCAAGGGAAACUUGUUCAAAGUCGAGACUGAAUGUACUUCCUUGACCCAGAAACAGAGUGACAACGGCCUAUAA